AUGUGCAGCUGUUGUCUUAAUCCCAGCUGCUCACGACUGAAGAGACCCCCCACGCAGCCUCCAUCGGCAGCCGAAAGAGCUAUGGAGGUGGAGCGGCCCGAGGAAGCCGUGGGCCCGUUCGUGGCAUCUCCUGACAAGAACAUAAGAGGUCGGCAAAAGGAGAGUGACCGAGGCUCCAGGGGAGCUGAGACAGAACCUGAGAAGUCCAGAGAAGUAAGUGCAGCUCGUGCCCAGGCCACAAAUGGAAUGGCAGUGGGAAAGUGGGAAGCAGCAGUAAGUAGUGAAAGACUUGCCUCUGACACUGAAACAGUUCAGAGAGCUAAUAAAAUACAUGGGCAGCCUGCUACAAUAGAUUUGCCAGGAUUUACUUCAUACCUGGCACAAGAGAAGCUGCAGGGACCUUCAGCUGCUAUUGAACUUAUAUGGGAUAUGCUUCAAUCCAUUAGAGAGGAUUUGAAGCAGAAUAUUGUUACAAUUGGCAGCAAAGUAUCUGCACUAGAGAAUAAAAAUGUACAAAUUUAAUCCACUUUGCAACAACAUGCUCAAACACAAGAUGAUUUAAAUGAAAGACUGAGAUAGCUUGAGCUCAAAUACCAGUCUGAAACUGACUAUCAGUAAGGUAAAGUAAAUGAACUGGAGGACAGGAGCAAAUGCAACAACAUUAGGGUUAGGGUGAUCCCUGAUUCUAUCCAGCUAAAUGAGUUGGCUGAUUACCUGAAAGCUGUAAUGUGGUCUGUUUGUCCUAAUUUGAGUGCUGACGAUCUGAGAAUAGACUGUAUUCACAGACUCCUCAAACCCAGUUCUGCUCUCCUAGAUGCUCCUAAAGACGUAAUAGCCCGUAUUCAUUUCUUCAUUGUAAAUGAAGAUUUUCUCAUGGCAUUGUGUACAUCUGACUUGCCAAAUUAAUACAGACAAAUUUAAAUCUUUCAGGAUUUCUCUCCAAUGACGAUGCAAAGGAGGAGAGAAUUCGACCCAUUUAUGGUGGAACUUUGCAAAUUAGACAUACGGUACCGCUGUGAAGAUACUCUUCCGUCUGGACAGAAAACAAUAUGUCUUCAUAAACCUGAGGAAGGUAUGGAAGUUAUUCAUACUUUAAGAGGCUCUGAUCAUGAAACUCCACUGCCAAUAUCCAGAUCUCCAUCAACUCCACUACCGCCACUACCGCCAAGGAAGAUUAGAUGA